GCUAAAUCUAAUUUUGCGCUGGCUAAUUUGAACUGGCAGAACAUGCCUAGAUCUGUGCAGCAAACAUUCCAACGAGUCAUCACAUGAUCCAGGAGAACAGGAAGUUGGAAACCAGAAAUCCUUUAUUUCAGGGCAAAGUGCACGACACCUAACUUCCCUAUCUCAAACUUCUAAGGGAUACCUUAAAUGCUUGCGUGCCUGGAGGAGGGUGCUGUUCUGUGUACUGUACUUUUGUUACACUGUUAAUUACGUCUAGUUGAUUUAAGACUCCCUCAUCAGGAAGAACUCUCUGGACUGCCGGUUGUUUCAAUUAGCCUUCAGUGCGCUGCUGCUGACUUAUCAUGAAUGGAUUAAAUUUACUUCAAUAUGGGGAGUGACAGAAGAUAGAUUUAACAGCAAUGGAAUUUCUUCCUCUACGGCGAUGUAUUCAACAUAGAAGCUAGUGAAAAUUAUGUCAGACUUGUUCCUGUUGCUGAAAUGAUGUCAUCAUGGAAGAUUCUAGUCAAACGGAUCAUCUACCCAUGUAGGUUCUAACAAUUUUAAAAGCACAAGAUGGAGUCAAAGGAGAGCAUCAUGGAAGACAAAGUUAAUAGUUUGCAGAGAUGCCUCGACAGUAUUUAUAAGGUUAUUAGAACUGCAAAUGAUACCUUGUGUGCCAUCAGCAAGCCAUCAGUGUGCAGUGAAGUGUUGCUAUCUCCACAAGGAAUUGCUUAUAUCUCAGGCAUUACUGAGGUGUACAGAGUGGCGAAGAGAGUGGAAGGUGGAAUGAAGUCUCUAAGUAUUAGCACUGAAACACUGCAAAAGAGUCUGAGGGACAUUGAGAUAAUCUGGAACAAUGUGCAGGCCUUCAUGUCAUUUAAUCCUUCUGUGCUACGAAUGAUGCCUGCUGAAUCUACACUAGACUGUUCAGCUCUAACUGCUUCAGAAAAUGCACAAAAUGAAAUCUGUGGAGUAUGUCUGCUCAGAACACUGAAUAAGCCUAAUGAUUUCAGUGAUACGGAACAUUCAGUUCUGCAUAAUGGUUGCCAUUAUCAUGCAAGUUGUGCAAACUUUUGGCUAAACUGCGUGGAUUCAAACUUACCUGGUCUGAUUGCACCGAAGCAAAAUUCUGAAGACUUGAACUUGGAAGAGCUCUCAGUUCUUGGCCAAAACUGCUUGGACACAAAUCCUAAAGACUUUACUCUUCCUAUAAUUCAAUGACUGUGAAAUGUAUUUAUUCUCAGAAUCAGUGAAUUCGUUUUAGAGUGGAUGGUUUUUAGAUUAGGUUUCCUACAGUAUGGAAACAGGCCCUUCGGCUCAACAAGUCCAUACCGACCCUCCGAAGAGUAGCCCACCCAGACU